AUGAACACCCGGUUAUACCUUUUAGAUGUUUCUGUGCAGAUGUACCGAGAAGGUACCAAUCUUCAUGGAUCUAUGGAAAGGAUAGCUAUCAUGCUAGCUGGUUAUUCAACGGCGACAAGACCUAUUUACCGAUUUAAAUUUUUGAAUCAUAGCUGGCUUAACUUCUCUUUUCUGUGUCUCUCUCUCUCUUUUCUGUGUCUCUCUCUCUCUUUUCUGUGUCUCUCUCUCUCUCUCUUUUCUGUGUCUCUCUCUCUCUCUCUUUUCUGUGUCUCUCUCUCUCUCUCUUUUGUGUGUGUCUCUCUCUCUCUCUCUUUUCUGUGUGUCUCUCUCUCUCUCUUUUCUGUGUCUCUCUCUCUCUCUCUCUUUUCUGUGUCUCUCUCUCUCUCUCUCUUUUCUGUGUGUGUGUCUCUCUCUCUCUCUCUUUUCUGUGUCUCUCUCUCUUUUCUGUGUGUCUCUCUCUUUUCUGUCUCUCUCUUUUCUGUCUCUCUCUUUUCUGUGUCUCUCUCUCUUUUCUGUCUCUCUCUCUUUUCUGUCUCUCUCUCUUUUCUGUCUCUCUCUCUUUCUGUCUCUCUCUCUUUCUGUCUCUCUCUCUUUUCUGUCUCUCUCUCUCUUUCUCUCUCUCUCUCUUUUCUGUCUCUCUCUCUCUCUCUUUUUUCUGUCUCUCUCUCUCUCUCUCUUUUCUGUCUCUCUCUCUCUCUCUCUCUCUUCUCUGUCUCUCUCUCUCUCUCGUCUCUCUUCGUUUUCUUUUCUGAAAAUGUAAAUGAGAGUCUUGAAAAGUGGAAAGAAGGAGCUACUGUUGUAUUACGUUACCGUGCUCAACAACCCGCAGUUGAAUUGGAUGUUUAUAAAGUUGUUGCUGAACAAAAGCUUCAUGUAUUCCUGUCUGUUGAUGAUCCCAGUGAGGUAGAUAAACUUUCCUUCAUGUUGUCUUCCAUGUUGAUGUCACAUGGAGUCAAUGUUCGCUGCCGGGCCCUUCAAGUUUUAGAUGAUUACACCAAAAAAGUAAUGAAGGAGAAUUUGUAG